AUGCAUCAAACAUGUAAAAAGAUGAUAUUAAAUUUCCAAUAUCUCGUUGAUAAAAUUGGAUUUAUCCCGAACGGUGGUCGCGUUUACUACUUACGACGUUCGCAACCACCAAUGUUUAUACCGAUGGUGUAUGAGUAUCAUAUGGCCACCGAGGACGACGAGUUCCUCUUGUCAAUGCUUAACUCAAUGGAAAAAGUGCGUGCAAUAAAGCGAUUUUUCUAUUUGAACCUUUUAUGA